UCUAUUUCUUAUUUACAUAUUCGCAUUACUUAUGCGAACCUGCGUGUUUUUGUUUUUCUUUUAAAAACCAAACUUAUUUACAUUUUAAAGUGAAGAAUUUACAAAAUUUGCAACGAGAAUUAAACAGCUUCAACAAUGCCCACAGAAAUUGAAAACUUGAAUCCCAAUGUGUAUAGUAAAUCCAAAGAACGUAUUGUUACCAAAGAAGAAACAGAUGAAUCUAUAGUUGAUCCCUUUGAUAAGAGGGAAAUAUUUGACUUAAUACGCAACAUAAACGAUCCAGAACAUCCGCUAACAUUAGAGGAGCUACAUGUUGUCCAAGAGGAUUUGAUUAAAGUUGAUGAUAAAGGCAACAACAUUUUUGUUAACUUCACACCAACUAUACCACAUUGCUCCAUGGCUACGUUGAUUGGACUAUCAAUAAGAGUGAAGCUAUUACGAUCCCUGCCACCUCGUUUUAAGGUAACUGUCGAGAUUACACCUGGAACUCAUGCCUCUGAAAAUGCUGUGAACAAGCAAUUAGCUGAUAAAGAACGAGUAGCAGCAGCUCUUGAAAAUAAACACCUGGCGGAGGUAAUCAACCAAUGUGUUGCUGCAAAGGAGGCUAUGGGUGCUUAAUGAUAAGGAGACAAAUUACUUUUUUUAUAGUUUUGUUUUAUUUCUAAUAAAAACUUAAUACAACAACUUA